AUGAGCGUUCUCUUCACUUCCAUCUCCGACGCAAACCCCGUCACCGUCGAGGACGUGCGGGCCUCGUUCGGCAAGCUCGGCGUGACGGUGACGCCAGAGGAGGAGGCCGACUACUCCAAGCUGCUGGCCGGCCUCCACGAUGCCGCCAAAAUUGUCGAUGCGCUGCCGGACUACCUCCCCCACGUUGACCUGCAGAGAUUCCCCCGCCGAAACGUGCAUCGGCCUUCCGCAGACGAGCAGGUCCUCGGCGCCGCCUGGGCGCACACCUUCACCAUCAAAGACGCGUCCAUCCAAGGCCCCUUGACGGGGAAGACGCUCUGCCUGAAAGACUGCAUUGCCGUUGCCGGCGUGCCACAGCUCCUGGGAACCGAUUCGAUAGGCCCGUGGACCCCUGACGCCGAUGCCUCUGUUGUGACAUGGGCGUUGGAGGCAGGCGCUGAGGUGGUUGGCACUGCCAAUUGCGAGAAUUGGUGCCAGAGCACCUCGAGUUUCAGCAGCUCCCACGGUACCGUCGAGAACCCGUUUGCGAAGGGCUACUCUGCCGGCGGGAGCACCUCUGGACCGGCCGCCCUCGUGAGUGCUGGUCUUGUCGAUAUCGCCAUUGGCGCCGACCAAGGUGGCAGCAUUCGGGUUCCUGCUGCGCUCUGUGGAUGCGUUGGCCUGAAGCCUACUCAUGGACUGGUGCCUUACACGGGCAUUGCGUCCAACGACGCCAACAACGACCAUGCCGGGCCGCUGGCACGUACUGUCAUGGACGUAGCCCUGUGCUUGGACGCCAUUUCGGGGUACGAUGGCAUCGACGACCGCGGUCUGGGCGCACCGAGACACGGCAGCACCACCUUCGCUUCGGAUCUUGCCGCACAGGACCGCAAUGACGCGAAAAACUUGUCCGGGCUCCGCGUUGGCAUAGUCAAGGAAGCCUUCGAGCAGGCUAUCGUCGAACCUCGGAUGCGGAAGGCAGUGUUGGAUGCCGCCCACAAAUUCUCCGAUCUGGGUGCAAUCGUUGAAGAGGUCUCGAUACCAGACCACCUUCUGGGAACUGCCAUUUGGACCAUUGAACAGCGUGUCUCGGGAUGCCUUUCAAUGAUGGGCAAGGCUUCUGGUCGUCGCGGCUUGGGUCUGACGAAGCUGGAAGAGGCGCGAUUGCCUUGGACCCAGGAGAAAUUCGACAAGCUUUUCCCAACCACCAAGAACAUAUUCUUGAACGGCAUUUACCUCAUGGACAAGUUUCCUGCGCUGUACGCCAAGGCGCAGAACUUGGGCCGCAGGCUGCGCGACGAGUAUGAGAAGGCACUGGAGAAGUACGACGUGCUUGUUCUGCCAACUACCAGCUUUGUUGCCACGAAGCAUGGCCAGUGGACAACUCCGAUUGACACCAUAUCGCCUACCAUCGGUUUGACGAGCAACACCACCAUGUUCGACGCUACUGGACAACCGGCCAUGAGUAUUCCAAUCGGUUGGCUACCAGCAAAGGAGGAUCCAGACGUCAUGCUGCCUGUUGCUAUGCAGAUUGUGAGCGGUCUGUGGCAAGAUGGUAAAGUUCUCAGAGCCGGCCACGCAUGGCAAAAGGCCUACGAUUGGAAAGACAUCAGGUGCGACGACGUGAAGGCUCGAGCGUAG